AUGACCUUCUUGGCGCUUUUUCUCCUUAUAGGCCUUGCCUCUAUUUUUUGUGGCUCAGUAUUGUCAUCGCUAACCCUGCGGCUCAUACUGGAACUAGCUCCCAAGCUGGAAAAGGCCGGUUUGUCUGGCAGAGACCUGAACAAGGCUGUCUCUGAGAAGAUCCCUGAGGACGCUGGCCUGGGGCCCUCUGCGAUGUUUUUACUUACUAUAUCUCUUUGGAGUCUCGUAAUGCCCCGCUCUUCUACGCUUCUGAGCGCUGGGUUCAGCAUCAUGGCAUCUUCAUUCCUGGGGUUUGUGGACGACGUAGUGAAUCUCAGAUGGCGUUACAAACUUAUCGUGCCCUCCAUAACCUUGCUCCCUUUGGUAGGUGCAUACAGUGGUAGUGGACUAUCUCUAGGGCCUCUUCGGCUUACCUCCUCUAUGACAAAGCUGUAUUGUCUUCUGUUUGCCAUCUUUUCCCAGAACGCGGUUAAUAUUUAUGCAGGCAUUAACGGCCUGGAGGUGGGACAGUCCAUAGUCGCGUGCACUUUUCUUCUUCCAAUAGUUCUUUACAAGCUCUAUGUGGCAUUAGAUACCACACGCUAUGCAGAACAUCUUGCUCCCUGGCAGCGACUUCUGUCACAUCCUUCUUUAUUGUCAUCCUUGGUGAUUAUAGUAUGCUUUCUGGCAGUUUCUCAUCCUGUGUAUUUACUAAACAGAUAUCCUAGCAGAGUGUUUGUUGGGGACAUCUACGCUUACUUUGCAGGGUCUGUCUUUGCAUCAGCGUGCAUUCUUAGCGACACUCUUAUUGCAGGUCCUCUCUUGUUUCUUCCGCAAAUACUUAACUUCGUUCUUUCAGUACCGCAAUUAUUUGGCAUUGUGCCUUGUCCCCGACACCGUCUUCCCCGUUUUUCACAGGACCAUGGAACUCUAACGGGCGUGGCCACACACCUCAAUCUUAUAAACCAGUAUCUCCGCAUCCGCGGACCCCUUUCUGAAAAGAGGUUAUGCCGUGAGCUUCUCUCUAUUCAGGCAAUUAUCAGCGCUUUUGUUGUAUUGUUCUUCGUGCUUGCGCGAGGGAAGGUUGAAAAUAGUUUUGUCGGCGUUCACCGAAAGCUCUAG